GGAUGUACUGUACUUGUACUCGUAUCUACUUCUUGUAAUGUUGGUUUGACUUUGUGUGCUUCGCUGAUGUUUUUGUGAUCGCUAGUUUUACGCAGCUGCGUCGUAUUUAAAUUAUUCUAAAUUCGAUAAAUAAAUGGCUUUAGUGUUGUUGUUGUGCUAUAAUUCUAUACAAACGCUGUAGAUAGAUCAAGUAUUUGUUGGUGUCUCAAAAUAGUGUAGCAGUGUAAAUACUGAUCGUGUUCGUAAUUAUGACAAACAAGGACAUAAUCAGCGGGAAAUAGUAUUCCGGAUUGCCAUGACAUCUCCGAGCGGUGCGAACACGCGAAUCGGCGUGCACACAGCAAUGGCAAGUCAGUUGGGUGUUUCUAUGGAUUUUGGUAUGGCUGUUGCUGUGCCGCCGCCUUCGGGGAUCGGAUACGAUUUACAUGUUGCCGGUUGCAGUGACUCUUCCUCUGAAUCCCAUUCGCCGGAGAUGCCUUCUAUUAAAGCAAGUGAUCGUGAAUCCCGUAUUAUAGCUGAGAAGCAGCGUCGUAGUUUGUACAACGCCCAGAUAUCGCAGAUAACUGCAUUACUCUCCGAUAUUAGUCAAUCUCAGCGUAAAGUUGACAAAACCAGUGUAUUAAGACUCGGAGUUAACAAGUUGCGCAAUGAACAUGUCUUUGGCGACACUAUUAAAUGUAUUCAUUUAGAGACAUGGUCUUCUGCAUUCCUAAAAUAUUUUGAUCUCUUUGAUGGCAUUAUGAUUGCAGUGACAUGUCGUGGACGGAUUUUUAUUAUAUCUCCAAAUGUCCAAGAGAAAUUAGGAUAUUGCCAUGUGGAUUUGUUGGGUCAAGAUUUAUAUAAUUAUGUUCACAAUGAUGAUAGGGAUGUUCUUAAACAACAUAUAUAUCCACCUGAACUGCGAAGUGGUUGUGACCCACAGUUGUUUGAGGAGCAUCAUAAUUUCAAUAUCCGCAUUAUGAGAGCGGGUGCUAAAUCAGACCCACAACGGUUUGAGCGAUGUCGCAUAAGUGGAGUAUUGAGGCGGUCAGACAGAGCCACAGCAAAUACAGUACAGGAUGAGCAGACUAUAAGGAGGCAAAGAGUGAGACGCAAUCAUACAUUCUCAUCUAGUGGGAAUGAUGUUGUGUUUAUUGGAAUGAUCCACAUAUUAUCAAAUGCAUUGCCUGCUCGAGUGAUGCCUCCAACUGCUUACACUGAGUAUUGGACAAGACAUUUGAUUGAUGGUCGGAUAGUACAAUGCGACCACAGUAUUUCUUUGGCAGCUGGUUACAUGACUGAGGAAGUGACAGGAGCAUCUGCAUUUGUUUUCAUGCAUAAAGAAGAUGUACGCUGGGUUAUAUGUGUUUUAAGGCAAAUGUAUGAUCAAAGCCGUGAGUUUGGGGAAUCCUAUUACAGACUUAUGUCUAGGUCAGGCCAUUUUAUAUAUAUGAGGACAAGGGGAUUUCUUGAAAUUGAUAAAGAGUCUAAGAAUGUGCAAAGUUUUGUAUGUGUAAACAGUGUAGUCGGUGAAGAAUAUGGCCGACGAAUGAUGGAUGAAAUGAAACGUAAGUAUUCAGUCAUAGUAGAUAUAGACCAACAACAAAAUGAUAGUUAUGAGUCAUUUGAUGAAACUCCUGUUGAGCAUCCAAAGCGAUUAGAACGGAUUGUUAUGCACCUAGUAGAGUCAUCCUCCCCUAAGUCUACAAAUGAUGAAUUGAAACUUGUGGUUCCCUCAAAGCAAAAUAUAAUAACAGCUAUAAAGAAUAGUGAGAGAGUUGUCCAAGAAACUGGCAUAAAAUUUGAUUCCAGAAAAAGGAAAAAACCAGAUGACAAUAGUAAUGAAAAUUUGAAAAGGCAUAGUGGACUACAGGACUACAAUUUCUGAGCUGUGCUUUUUAUAGCUUUUAGGGGUGUCUGAUAUUUGUGAUUUUAUGUUCCUAAGACUAAUAAUGUACCUUGCUAAGUAUAAUGUGGUUGAUGAAUAGUAUAUUUGACCAAAUAGUUUAUUAUAAUUAUUAGUAUGUUUACAUAAAUGUAAUUUUGGUAAAAUUUGUAUUGAGCGACUGAAGUGUUAGAAAGGCAUUGUUUAGGACACUUUAUUUAAAAAUUAGGGAUAAUAAAUGUCAAUUUGAAAUACAGUUCAAUGUUACACUUUGUGUAAUAUUUGGUUAUAUUUUAGAUAUUUAGAUUGUUCGAAUCAAUGUUUCUAUUCAAUCAUAUUCCAUUUCCACUGUUUUGAUGUUUCUACACCAUGACAAUAUAUAAAGAUCCUGAAAUCCUUAAUUUCAAAAUUAUAAGACUGAUUGAAUCUGGCAUACCUGGCUGGUAGUUCUUUCAAAGAAAGAAAUAGAAAACUUAAUAAUGUAUUGGAUGAUAUUAAUAAAUAAUUAAUUUUUUGUAGUCAUGAACAAUGCCUGGAUGCACAAUGUAUAUUUAAAUUUGUUACUGUGCCAAAGGUCUCUGCCCUGCAUUUGAAAUGCCAAUUUCUCACUUUAUUUUAAUAAUUAAUAAAUAAAAAAUCUAGGUAUGUAUAUAUACUACCAUACUAGUUAUGUGUAUCAAUUGCUCAUCCCCAUAUCAUAUUAUAAAAACAUUUAUAAUCUUAGAUUGAUUAAAUGCAUAGAUUGUUGCAUAUUUAAGAGCAAUAUACUCUAACAUAUUAUUGCACCAUUAAGUUGCCACCUAAUUAUCUUUUUGUGCUAGAUGAUUUUAUUUUAGUGCUAAUAAUUGUCAUUUUAGUCUAUUUACUAUAUUAUCUAGCUAUAUAUUAUCUAUCUUAAAAUGUAUAAUGAAACUCAAAUUCAUCCAUUAUAUAGUUCACAUUACACUAGGUAUCUGUUAUAAAUAAAGUAAGAUGUUCUCGUGGACAGUAAUUUACUUAGACAAUGAUGCUGUAAAUAAACUUGCGAGGAAAGGAGUCAUUUAAAAAAAUCUGAUACUGGAACCUCAUAGUCUAUCGCUGGUUAAAUACUUGUAUCCUACCCAUUAUCUAUUUUCAUACAAUUUUAAAUACAAGUAAACAUCGUAAUGUUAGACAUGAAGUAUUAUGGUAUACGUAUGGGAGGAUCCAUGGUCAACAGUAUAUUCUGUGAUUUUCAUGAUGUUUUUAAAGGAUAGCGUAGUACAUUGCCCGUGAAAAUUUUUAACGCGCGGAACGGUACGAAGAUGUUCAGAGUCGCACGACCCAGCCGAUGCGAUGCUGAGUAUGCUAUUGAUUUAUUGUCCAUUCGUCUGUGCUGAUUCUAAAAUCUAUGGACAGCGAUUUCUAAAUAACCGUUGUUUACAGAUUCUAGGUGGCCUUCAUCAGGUUUGCUUGUUAUCACAUAGAACUUGUAUUUUUUUGCUAUUUAUAUUAUUUAUAAUAGGCGCUUAUAUAUUUUAUUAUUAAUGCUCAUGUAUAAUUAUAUACAUGCGCAAAGUUGCAAACACUUGCAACUCUUUAUCUAUAGUCAUUUUUAAAACAUCGAAUGAUGAUGAUUAAUAAUAGUGUAUGCGUACACGUGAAUAAUUAAUUUCAAGACAUGUUACGUUAUGUAACGUAAAUUCUAAAAUAUUCAGCCGAAAUGGCGUCAACUUUACAUUUGUCUUAAAUUUCUUUUUAUUUGUUCGUAUUUUAAAAUUAUGUGCACAAUAUAUUAUAUUAAAAUUCCGCGCGAAUUUUAAUAGUUUAAAGAGUUACGAGUUUUUAUUUGAAAAUCUGAAGGUUAAAUAUUUCUUGCAUUUAAAUAUAAACUCAACGUUAACUCGAUUGUUUUGUUCUAUAUUCAAUAAACUAGAAGUUUAACUUAUAUUUUUAUUUAUAUACUAGAUAUACCGAGUAAAUAAUAUGUAAUUGAAUCCAAAAUAGUUUCGAAACCUUCCCAUUUUCCAAAAAUUUUGGGAUUUUUUGUGUUUAUAUUCUUUUCGCACUUUAUAUUUUUUUAUGUUUUAUGGCGUUAAAUCCCAUUUAAUGAUGGUUUCACCAUUUCAAAAUCAAUUCAGCUAAUUUCGAUUAACGUAGUGAAUAAUAAUUUGUGAAAAAUAAGAAACCUAUUUUUCUGUUUAGCAUACGUAUCUACUAGCCAGUUUUUCAAAAAACUUCGAUAGCAUCUUAUCGGAUCUCUUAAAAGACUAAUUAAAUCUUUAUUGCUCCUCAGAAAUAAUGCAGUGUUUGUGCAAAUAUUGUAUCUUAUUUCAUCCAUCCAUAAUUAUAUGAUUCUUCUUUGUCAAAUAACCUAAAAAUAUAAGAUCUUAUGACUUCUCGAAAGUCUAAUCAUGAAAAAAUUGUUAAGAUAGGAUAAGGCAGUGAAAAUAAAAACACAUGCUUUAUUUGUGUAUUUUUAUAUUAUUUGAUAUGUAGUGAUGUAAUACAUAUAUACCUACGAUUAUAAAUAAAUGGAUGGCCUCUUAAAAAAGGCGGAUAUGUACUUUCGGCCAUGUCUUUGCGAAGUUUCGCUCGUGCUCUGAGAUGGGCUUUGGACAAUUCUGCGGUAGGCACGGACUACCCGGCCACCUCCUUAAAUACGCCUGUAUUAAUAAAGUCUGUAAUAUUGUCUUUUUAACUCAUGUUUGUUCUUUUAAUGUCUGUCUGAACUUGAUGAGUCUGAGAUCUGUCAAAACUGAAUGAGUACUUCUACAUCUAUUUACCUACGUAUGUUUUGAAAUAAUGGAAAAAGAAUUUCUAUGCAACUUAGAAUGGAGCACUGUGGUAGUAGUAUGUACGUAUUUCAUUUACCAAUAUAAAAAUAAUGUCAAUGUUGGUAUACGAGAAAUUCUGAAUCGGUCCUCUCGCUUUGCAAUCUCUAAAUUCAAAGUAUAUUUGAAUUUAAAGAAAUAAGGUUACAUGAAAAGACUAAUGAGUGUAGAACAAACAUUGCAACUUUGAAGCAAGCAAUGAUUGCGAAUCCCGACGAACAUCGAAAUAAUGUCCACUAAACAAAAGUCUAUCUAAAUUCAUUUUGAGAACAAGGAAUUAUUGGAAAUAUAAUUUACUCUGUUUCGUGGUUUUCAAUCAAAUAAAUCGAUAUUGUUAUUAAAACUAAUAACAAAAACGAAAAGAAUAUCAAAAUUUUUAAAAGAUACCUAAUAAUUCUAAUGAAUAAAUUAAUAAUAAUACAUUUAUUGCAAUUUCCAUCCAAACUUGUAUUUGUGAAUUUAGAUUACUAUGAUGAUUGUGGAUGAGUUAUUCUAAUAAUUUUGGUAAAUGGAUGUAUUUAACACCUUGCUAAAUAUAAUGACUAAAUAUAAAUACAUAAUUGUUUAACUGUAAGUACGAUAUCGAUUAGGGCGUGAUUCAUGUAAGACACACGUAUUACACUGUUAAAUAUGUACGAUUAUAUCUAAAUCAAUUUCUUACAAACUAGCUUUUGCCCGCGACAUCGUCUGCUUGUCCGGGAUAUGUUCAUUGACUUAGAUAAAAAGUAGCCUAUAUCCUCCAUACUACAUAAUACGCACAUACAAAAUUUUAACCUGCUAAGAAUGAGAUCACCUGUAUUUGUAAUUUUAAAAUUUAUUAUACUAAUAUUGUAAAUGCAAAAGCAAUUUGCCUAUCCAUCUGUCUAUUACCUUUAUAAAUAAUGGUAAUACAAUAUUUGAUAAUUUUUGUAUAGAUUGGCCUUGGAGAAGAUCGUAGGUUACUUUGUGUGGAUAAAAUGAAAAUGAAAACUAUUAUAUUAAAAUUGGUACAAUAUAAAGAUCGUUGUUGAAAAUUAAAAAUAAUUGACUAAAGUUUGUCUGAAGAAUCAAUACUUUCUCAAAUAAGAGGUAUAAAAUUCAGUUUUACUUUGAUGUCGUCGCGGGGUCUAGCUAAUACAUAAUAAAAUUGAUUCAUAUUGAUAGUGUAAUGUAUCUCUAAGUACUAAUACAAUAUUUUGUGUGGGGAACUAAUAAGGUGCACUAUAGUUAUUAUUUAAUAUUAAAUUGAUACUAUGGAGUUAACUAUAACAAAUGCAUUUUAGACUCGCGAAUUUGUAACAGUUUUUCGAAUUUAUGGCAAUCAUGUCAGGGUAGGUAUCAAAAUAAGGAAUAAAUGUUUGGCAAGUAAGUAAAUUACGGAUUCUUGUUUCAACAAGAAACAAGAUGAACUGCUACUGCAGGGUAAAAUUAGUAAUAGCUAUCGAUUUUUAUAACAUUGUUAUAUGCAGGGGUUGUGAAAAAAUGUAAAAUAAUACGCACAAUCAUAAAAACAGUAAUUGCAAUGAGAUUAUCACAGAUUUCUGAAUUACUAAUGCUACAUUCUUGGAUAGAUAUUUCAGUGCUUUUAGAUCUACGGUAAGAGUUAGGGGUUGACAGAUGAGGGACUAUUGUCUGCAAAACACAAAAUUCCUCGGCAUACCUACACAGGACUUGCCACGGUCACAUGUAGCUAUGUAAUCUAAUUUGUUAUUUUACACAAUUCGUAAGAACACCGGUAUGUUUGAUAACAAAUAUUGUUAGCUAAUUACAAAUAUCUAAUUUUAGUCUCCGAUUGUUUACAGCUUAGUUUUUUUUAUUAUAACAAAAUAUUAUCAAUUAGAGAUAUUUUCUCACUGUAUUUGUUAACUGCUAAAUUAUAUUAGGAAGGCACUUCGUAAAUACUAAAUGGUAUAUUUGACUUGAAUUUUUAUAAUUAAUGAAUAUUUUAUGAGUAAAAUACAUAUGUAGUACAUGUAUCUGAUAUGUGCUUUAAACGUGUACUUACCAUGAGUCUAUAUUUUUGCUGUCAACUUGCCGAAGUUUUUAUCUUUGUUUAUAAGUAUAUGCUGUUUGCUUGCAUGUUUUAAUUCUUAAUCAUAAGUUAUAAACGAGGUUCAUCAAAUUGCCUGGCCCUUGCACAAAUUUUUUGUCUUCAAAAAAGGAGGUUCUAUGUUCCACUACAUUUUUUUAUAUUUUCUUUCUUGUUUUAUUUGGUAAUUAAACUAUCAAGAUUGUAGAAAUCUGCUUAUUUUUUUUUUAAAUAAAAAAAAUAACUGACACACUUUUUUAAACUUGUUAUUACAAUAAAAAACAUGCAAACUGUAUUUACGAAGUGUUUGAAGAAACAGAUAUUAUGUUAGAAUAUAGAACAAAUUAAGAAAAAAAUAAAUAGACUUGGUGUUGCUACUUCCGGACAAAGUAACAUAAGUACCUACAUAACUACUCACUGUAUGCUGGUAUCUAUAAUUAGUAGUCAUACAUCCCCAUGCUCUUAUAAUGUGCGUAUAAAAUUUGAUUCCCCAACGAACUCCUCUAUUAUGCAGGUAAAUAAUCUUGCCAGUAGAAAACCUGAUUAAAAAUGUCUAUCUAUUGUAACAAUUGUCUAGAUAUUGUUGAUGACUGUUAUAUUGUACAACGAAUAUUCAUGAGUAUCUUGAUUUAUUACUAGUUAUUUUGUAAGUAUAAAGCCCUGCUUAGACGAGCGACUUAGUACGCAGGUGAUAAAAUUUCCCAUUGUGUAAAUCGCUUUUUUUUUUACAACACAACAUGUGACUACACUGUCAUGAGCGAACACCAAGAUUAUAAGGUCUAUUAACGAUUGGUCGGACUAAGACGGCUCAUUAAGUGCUUUUUACGCUACGUUUGAAGGCUCCGAUAUUAUAGGAUAAAGGUAGAUCAGAUCACGAGAUAGACCGUUCCACGAUGUUACGUGGGACACGGAUUUGCAGAUAGUUUUUUUAAAAACACAAAAUAAGGUCGAAUGCCCCUCGUCUGCGCAGGCACUAUUGUAACGCGAAUCUGUAAUUAUACACUUUCCAUUGUUUUAUUUUAUUUUUUGCAUCUUAAUGUUUAAGUGAUAUAUUAAUAUUUAAUAUAAUAUGAUAAUCAUAUUACAUUGUGCAAUUUAUAUAUGUAUCUUAUUUUAUUAUAUUGAAACCUUUUAAAGUUAUCUGUUGUUAAAAAAAAUAAUUUGUCAAAAUUUAAAAACGGGAAAUGAUAUGUUUAGGGCUAUAUUACGUUAGCAUAUUAUAUGUAGCUAUUUAGGAUCAUAUCUGGAUGUAAUAUCAGUGUUGGUGUUAGUGAUGCUCUUUUAAUAUUGGUAAAAAGUUUACUUUUUGUAUAACUUAGGAAUGAGUAAGUGACGUCGGUUAUCGUUUCUGUGCGAUACUUUUGACUCUAGAUAUGAUCUUACAAAAUGAUAGUAUAAACAGCCCCUUACAAACUGAGUCUGAUUCUAUGGAUAUAGCUAAGGGUUUUGUAAAUUUAAGAACUUGGUGUUGGUAGCCACCUCACCACUUGUAUUUAUUAUCGAUUGUUUGUAAUACUGUCGGUCUGGUAGAAAUAAGGAAUAAAUGUCUUGUUAGUUUUUAAAUGUGUUAUUUUAUGGAAAAAGGCCUAGGAUAAUGAAUUAUAUGCCACGCCAUUUUAAAUAAUUAUAAUUACUUGUAACAACUGUAAAUAUUCAACACGUAUAAUCAAGGGAAAUUAUAACAAUCUACACAAAUUGUUUUGUGUAAGUACAAUAAUUAUGUUUAUAAUGUAUCUUAUUAUUUUUAACAUCGCAUGAUUGUAAGGGUUGUGACGUUUAUUGAUUUCAAGUCAAUAUUUAGGUCUAUAAGAAUUACGUAGCUAUAUUAUAAUGCACACCUGCUUAUAUAUAUAUUUUUUUUUAAGUUGCGAAAAUUUGAUCAAGAAAUUUUAGUUCUUAUGAAAAAUCAUAAAUGUAAUCAUUUAAGAAGCAUAAAAUAUUAUUGUAUUGGUAGGUUUAAUAUAAGUAUGGACAGUUUGUGAAAGAAAAUUUAAAUGUUACAUUGAUAUUAUUGAUGUAAUAAAUUGAUUAAUUGUGUAA